CAGGUCUGCGGUGUCUGAGAGGAAGUCUCUCCUGAGUCACUGAGGAGACGAUGAGACGAUGAGAUAUCUGGUAUCUGUCUGGUUGAUGAAGUGACACCUGAACACCUGUAAUGGAGGUCGCCACAGAGGGACAGGAAAAUGCCGGGGGACCACAGCAUCCCCCCAGGUUUAACACACACAGACGCUGGAAAUCUAAACUUCACCUGCUGCUGAAGAAGAAGAAGAAGCUUCCAGUAUCAAACCAACCAGAGAGACGGGAAUUAUUAUAUAGACCAACCCAAAGUGAAGUGCAGCAGUGGGGUCAGUCUCUGGAGAAGCUUCUCGUCCAUCCGUGUGGAGUGCUGGUGUUCCAGAUGUUCUCGAAGUCAGAGUUCUGUGAGGAGAACCUAGAGUUCUGGCUGGCCUGCGAAGACUUCAAGAAGAGCAAGACAUCAGAAACACUCGCCAUCAAAGCACAGAAUAUUUAUGAUAAAUUCCUCAGGAAAGACUCUCCGAAAGAGAUCAACUUGGACUUUCGCACCAAAGAGCAUAUUAACCAGUGUCUCCAGCAGCCGUCCUCUAACAGUUUCGAUGAAGCUCAGAGAAGAAUCUUCUACCUGAUGGAGAAUAACAGCUACCCUCGCUUUCUUGAGUCAGACUUUUACCAAGGCCUGAGUAGCUCUAAGGGGCUACAUGGACCCCAUAAGCCACAGUGCUGACCAUGAACUGUGAACUGUGACUGACUGAGGAA